AUGUCGCUGUUGCCGAAAGGUGAUUCCAUUCACAUUCGUGAGGUGUGGAAUGACAAUCUCGAAGAAGAAUUCGCGCUUAUCCGUGAAAUUGUUGAUGAUUUCCCUUAUAUUGCCAUGGACACUGAGUUUCCGGGCAUUGUGCUGCGUCCGGUGGGUAAUUUUAAGAAUAGUAAUGACUAUCAUUACCAAACUUUGAAGGAUAAUGUGGACGUGUUGAAGUUGAUUCAACUGGGUCUUACCUUUUCAGAUGAUCAAGGGAAUUUACCAACUUGUGGCACUGAUAAGUAUUGCAUUUGGCAGUUUAAUUUCCGCGAGUUCAAUGUGAAUGAGGAUGUUUUUGCAAAUGACUCGAUUGAGCUUUUGCGUCAGAGUGGGAUUGACUUAAAUAAGAACAAUGAAAAUGGUAUUGAUGCUGUGAGAUUUGGUGAGCUCUUGAUGUCGUCUGGGAUUGUGUUGAAUGAUAGUGUGUACUGGGUGACUUUUCAUAGUGGUUAUGAUUUUGGGUACUUGCUUAAGCUGUUGACAUGCCAGAAUUUACCAGAUACACAAGCCGGGUUCUUUAAUUUGAUCAACAUGUACUUUCCAACUCUUUAUGAUAUCAAGCAUUUGAUGAAGUUUUGCAAUAGCCUUCAUGGAGGGUUGAACAAGCUUGCAGAGUUGUUAGAAGUGGAGAGAAUUGGGAUAUGCCAUCAAGCAGGUUCGGAUAGUUUGCUUACAGCUUGUACAUUCAGGAAAUUGAAAGAAAAUUUCUUUAGCUGCUCAUUGGAAAAAUAUGCCGGUGUGUUGUAUGGUUUAGGUGUCGAGAAUGGACAAAUUACUCAUUGAUUAUGAAAAAUAGAAAAUCCCCCCGCCCCCCCCCCCCAAAAAAAAAAAAAAAGAAAGAAAAAAGCUUAGAAAGAUGCUUUUUUCAACUCUAUGUGGUGUCUGACACCAGAAUUUUAUGUACGCUCUUGUUCAACAAGUUAUUGAUAUAUGAACAUGCUUUCUGUCUA